AUGACAUAUUCAGCGUCUAAUAUUCUACCUCCAACGUCUUUAAGAGACGUUAUAUCAUUAAUCUUGAUUAUUAAUUCUUUACCAUCUUAUAUAAAUGCAUUGAUUUUAAUAUUGUAUACCUUAUCGGGGUCCACCAAAUUAAUCAGUGGGAAAUUAUUUUUGAAAUACGUUUCAUUGAAGAACAAACAAUUUGAAGAUUCAUGGUAUUUGAAUUCCAAGAUCAAUUAUGGGAAAGUCAUUCAUUCAUUUAUUCAAUUAUCAGUAAUUGGAUCGAUAAUUUUAUUCUUGUUUAUUGGUAUUUUCAAUGAAGAUUUUUUAAAGAAUAUUGAUAUUUUAGCUAAAACGAUCUUAGCAACAGAAUUGAUUGGCUCCUCCACUAAUAUAACUUCAAUAAUAACAUCUAAUAACAACAAUACUCCAAAGAUCAAUAACGAAAUCUUGAAUAAUAAUUUCUUGAGAAUAAUCUAUUGUUAUUUGAUAAUUUUAUUCAUAACAUCCUUCAAGAAUAACUUCAACUUCAACCUUUUUUUGAAUCUUAUCAAAGUUCAUGAUUUUAAAACGAUUUUUUCAUCAAAAAUUCUUUUGGCUCAAUGUUUGGAUAAACAAAAAACACCCACAUCAUACUUUAACAAAUCAAUUUUGAAAUUUAUCUAUUAUGAAUUAUGUAUAAAUGUUGUAACUAUAAAGUUUAACUCAUUAUUUUCCAUCAUAGGUUUCAAGAACUUAUCGAAUAAUCUCGAUCAAUUGAAUAAUUUGAAUCCUAAUAUUCCUAUAGAUUUCAAAAGACCUAAAUUGAAGGAAGAAAUCGAUCAUGAAUUAUCAAUACCUGUGAUUUCAUUAAAGCAAACCAACAAUAGCACUUCCACUAUAAAUUUGAACAAAACUGCCACUUUAAAUUCGAAUAAAUUAAAAUUUAUAAAUAUUUCAGUCCCUGAAUCAAUUGCUAAAUCCAAAUGUAAUUUCAAAUCUUCCAAUUCAAUAUCAUCGAAAAAUUUCGAAAAUUUUGUAUACAAAUUAUUUUCCAAGAAUACCAACGAAACCACUUCACCUAUCAAAUUGAACAAAAACUCCACAGUUAUUAUUGAUAAAAAUGAUUCCAUCUUACAACCAUUCUGGUCAUUAUUAGCAGUUAUGAAAGUCAGUGUUAAAAAUUCAUACUUAUUUCAAGGAAAACUUACCAAAGUUAAGAAUAAUAAUGAUAAAUUCUUGAUAAAUUUAUCCAUUGUUAACAAAUUAUUAAUUUCUGUUAAGUUUAUUGAUGACACAAGGAUUUUGUUGAAAAUCAAUGAAACCAACAAGAACUUCUCAAAUUUGAAAAUUAGAUUAAAUGGAAUUGAUUGGGAAUACUUUAAGAUUGUUGAUAACCAAAUAUUAAUAUUUGCAUUAUCACCAAAUUUCCAAUAUGAGAUUGAAAUUUUGAACAAUAAGAAUCAAAUUUUAAACAAUUUAUUGAUCAAUACAGUUUCUACUACAGAAAAUAUUAUUUUAAGAGAAUCACCAAAAAUAUCAUCAUUAAGCACAUUGAAAUUGAGUUUGAUUUCAACUCUUGAAAGUCUUGAACAAACUAAGCAAAACUUGAAAGAAUUCAAGAAAGAUGAAAGUAAAAGACAAGGAGAAAUUAAGAAGAAUAACGAUAAUUUGAAAGAUAGAAUAAAUAAGAAUAAAGCCACCAAUGAAUUGAAUUUGAAGAAAUUGAAAGGUUUAAGUCAAUCAAUUCAUCAAUAUGAAAAUGACAUUAAAACUUUAAAAACUGAAAUUGAAGAAUUUAAAGUUCAAAUCAAAGAUCAAGAGUUAUCAGAAAAGAAUCUAAUCAAUGAAAUUAAUGACAUAAGAAGAUUCAUUGAUGCUUAUAACGAAUCGAUUGUGGAAUUUAAAAUCAAUCUCAAAUCAAUUCAAGAUGAUAAAGCAAGUUUCCUUAACAAAUUUGAUAAAACUUUAUCCAAGAUCAAAGAAUCAGAGAAUGACAUUGAGAAUUUAAACGACAACAUUAAUAAUUUGAAGGAUUCUAUCAUCAUUCAAUUGAAGAAGAAAUCUAAUUCUAUCAAUGAUAAAUUUGAUACUAUAUUAUUAAAAGUGAAGAAUGAAAAUGAACGAUUAUUGAACGAAAUUGAAAAGUUAAUGAAAUAG